CAAAGCGACGUCGAGGCUGAUAUUAGCUGUACGACGAACACAAAGUAUAGUAUUCUCGUCGGGGAGGUGGACAUGUUGAGGGCCUCAAUAUUUUGACAAAAUCUUGAGUUUCGGCUUGUUUCGCCACGUAGUUGAGACACGAUUGCCUAUCCGGCCGUGCGUACCGGUGGGAGCAGAGGUCGAGUGCAUUUUAACCUUGCUGCUCGCGCUCGCGGGCACGAGCUUUCAGUACGUUUCUCGGCGGCACCGGCAGCGGACCAGUCCUGUCGCGGGUACGUACCAGCAUGACAAAUAUGACGAGAAGUGGACAUCGGCGGGGCCUCUGGUGCUUCUACCCCCGUAGUACCUCUCUGCAGCCCGCCCCGGUCGCGUUUAUUCGAGCAGUUUUUUGGGCAGCGUCUGUGGGGCACCACCAGUAUGAGACCACCGCGUUCCUGCGGGCUGUGUCGGGUUCGAAGAUGGCGGCCACGACGGAACAAACUGAAAAUCGCAGUGGUGGUGCAGCUCCUUUGGGGAAUGACGGAGGACUGGGAACCGGGAAGGCACCGGGGCACACCGGUGGGACGAUGCAAGAAGGACCACCGCCGCAAACUGCUACUACGAAGGAAAAGCUCGCGGCCACAGUUCGACCCGCGUCUGGUUCCUCAAAAGUCCUCCAAGAAGUGGCGACCAACGCGGACAUGGUCGCGGAGGAAACCGACGUCUCUACCGAAGACGCUGACCUAAAUCUGCUCGCGGAUGGCGACUUCGGAGCGGUGGAUGAAAGCGGAAAGUCGUUCUUGAAAACCCGACCACCUGCUCCAACUCGCGAAGCGGGGUCUUCCACGACGGGUUCACAGCUGGGUACUCCAAGCGUCGGGCGCGAGCGCGGGGAUUUGCGACGUAAAAAUAUAAUAUCACUCGGAGAAGCAGAACCGCCGGGACCGGUUCCUGCGGAAGCACCGAUUGGUGAGCGUCUGUCUCAGGAGCAAAUAAGACAUCGAAUGAAGGCGCAGUGUAACAAUUGAACCAACUAGAUCGGAUCCCUGAGUUAGUCGGCAGCUCGCUCGAAUCAAUUCGAGCGGCCGGGCGACUAACUUGGGAUCAUAGGUCGGCGAGUUUUUUUCUCUACAAAGAUUUCGCAAGCGACAACCCCCCAUAAAUCUGGCCCAGCCAAUGUUGUGAGGACGUCUACAAAAAAAUAUGGCGAACUUCUGGAAUUUUGUGCAUGCUAUUUCGACGGCUUUCGAUUAAAAUUGUCUUUGGUCGGAAAGCCUGGAAAGCACAAAAACCAUGUUGCACAAAACGUGUCUAUGGUUCAUAUGGUACCCGGGCGCUUUCACAACACGCCUCGGGCCGGGGUAGUCAGGUCCGGAGUCGCUAUACAGAAAAUGUCUCCGACUUACAGUCCCGAGUUAGUCGUCCGGCCGCCCGGUUUCGGCCAGCCAGACGACUAACCCGGCGCUCUGAGCUAGAUGGUUUAAUUGUUACCGCGCUCGAAGAAAAAAUGCGAGCAAAUGGCCAGGGGAGUGGACCGAUGUCGGGCCCGGCCCGGAUCGGACAUUUUCCGGGUCGGGGAAGAGUGGGGAAGACUAUAGCGGAGCUGGACCUGGGUGACGAAGACCCUAUCGAUCUACCACUCGAGAUCAAGAUGUAGUGUAACGAAUCAGCACACGAUCAGCAUCAGGCACGAAAAAAAAAACUAGGAAACUCAAACUUCUAUAAUAUGGACCAAGUUUGUUGAUGAGGCACCGUGAUGGAAUUAUGAAAAGGCUAGAGGUUAUGAAUAGCGACGCUUUACGACGGAAGCGAAGCGCGAACAAACUGGAAACCGAUGCGCAACUAUGGCCGGCCAUUUGAGCAGCUGCCAUAGCGCUCCUUGCAUAGAACGGCUGCAUCAGAUUCGUGUCGAGAUUGUUCAUAUACUACUAAGCGUGUUUCCCUACUAGUAGUAUUACCACGGGAAUUCACCUCGGAAUCGGAGUCGCAGAAAUCCUGGGAUGCGCAGAGCGCCGCAACUGGGUCGCAGGGUACCGCCGAAGGUACUGGCAGCAGCAGCAAGAAAAUCCAAGCCGAAUACGAUGGUGGCAGAGAUUGUGGCCGAGCAGCUCGAAACCGACAGCAGCGACAGAACCCCAAUCCCGAUCCUGGCUGCCGAGGCUGCCGCAAGCACCAUGGAGGAACUGGUCAGAAAGUCGCAGCUCAUCGAAUCUGCAGACCUCGUCUUCAUCUCCGCGGGCCGCGCAGAAGCAACAAGGUACGAGCCAGCAAAACAAUCUCAAUCCGGACGUGAACAAGGACCAAGAAUCGCCGGAAAUCGUCCACCACGACCUCGGAAACUACAACGCAGACCAAGAAGCCGCUGA